AGAGCGGCGCACCGCCCACAUCCGCCAUACAUCACUUCCUGGGCUUUAAAAAACGGGGAAAAAAAAAAGAAAAAAAAAAAAAAAAAAAGUCCAGUUAAGCGGGUCCUGUCCUGUCCGGAGGUUCGGGGCCGUACCCGGGUGCCGCCGCUGCCCGCGCCGACACCAUGAAGGCUCAGCCCGCGGCAGCCUCCAUCCUCUGCCUGUGCCUGGUGCUGGCGGCCUGCGCCGCCGCCGCCGCGGGAGGGCUCGGAAAGGGUUUUGGAGAUCAUAUUCAUUGGAGAACACUGGAAGAUGGGAAGAAAGAGGCAGCAGCCAGUGGUUUGCCUCUUAUGGUUAUCAUCCACAAGUCCUGGUGUGGAGCUUGCAAAGCUUUGAAGCCAAAGUUUGCUGAAUCCAAGGAGAUCUCUGAACUUGCCCAUAAUUUUGUUAUGGUCAACCUUGAGGAUGAUGAAGAGCCAAAGGAUGAAGCCUUUAGUCCUGAUGGAGGUUACAUUCCCAGAAUCCUUUUCAUGGACCCCAGUGGAAAGGUCCACCCAGAAAUCAUAAAUGAGAGAGGAAACCCCAGCUACAAGUAUUUCUAUACCAACGCUGAUCAAGUUGUCCAAGGGAUGAAGGAGGCCCAGGAGAAGCUGACAGGCGAUGCUUUCAAACAAAAGCACCUGGGAGAUGAACUAUAAUGAAUACACUGAAUUUACCUUUUCAUCACUUCAAAACUGAGAGGAAAUGAUUAAACAGACUAAGAAUGUAGAUGCACUGAAGGGACAUAAUUCCCCUGUCAGCAAUGUUAGGUUAAAAACCCUGUUUGGAGUUCACACACACACACACACACACACACACCAGUUACAGUGUUUUCUCUGCCUGGCAGUUGGCACUGUGGUGGUUCUUUACAACUGGAUAAUGUGCAAACACAUCUCUCUGUGUGUUUGAGAAGCCACUAAUAUUUGGUGUUAAAAGGGAGGUGUGUAGGGAAGACAGAAUUUGAGGACAAUGUGAUGGGAAAAACUAGAAGUAGCCAUCAUUUUGACACUAAUCAGGGUUGAAUCUCUCUUUUCUCACUGGUAUUAUGUGAUCCCAUAGUUUUUACUGGGCAUUCCCAUCACUGGGGCAUGUUCCUGGGCCAGUUGUUUUCUAGCUAUCCAAAACCAUGAAUUCUGCCACUACACCAAGUAGAAUACAUUUCAUGAAUGUCCAAAUAGCAUGUGAAUUAUCAGCUCUGCAAAUGUAUUAUUGUGUAAAACUGUGUGAUUCAUCUUUAUUUGCCUUUGGGCAGAAAUGUAACUUUUUCCUUAUGCACUCACCUUUUGAUUGUUCCAUCAAGUGAGGGUGGGUUGUGUUGAAGCUUUAUGGGGUUUCCCCUUUUAUUCUUUGAAUGUUUUUGGCGAAUGCCUUGCCAUCACAUUGUACUGUAUUUUUGUACCAGGGUGAAAAAAUUAAACCUUUUUAAAAAUAAGCAUGCAGAGAGUGGUUUGUGGUUAAGGGCGUAGCUUUAUGUUCUUAAGCAUGGGGGAUAUGUUUGGUUUGUUUGAUUUUGUUUGUUUUUGUUUGUUUUGUUUGGUUUUGUUUGUUUUGUUUGUGUUGCAGUGGUUAUUAAUGUUGACUGUCACAGCUGAAGGUUUCUCCUUUUUUGUAAUUAAAAUACAUAAUUUGUUUUCCCAUACAAUUACAAUUCACCAUUCUUACU